CCGCCUUAAGGCACGGUAGGGCGGCGGACCUUUUUUGCGCUUUAGUCAUCGUCGGCCUGGAAGCUGCGCGGGGAUCUUCGCACCUGCAUCUUCCAAGAGACGCGGUAUCAACAUGUCUCAGGUGCAGAAGAAGAGGAAGGGCUUUCGACAAAAAUCACCCCCUGUGCUCAAAUACUUGCAGGGUAUCCUCCGCAAGUACCCAGAUGGGGGUCAGAUCUUAAAAGAGCUGAUCCAAAAUGCAGAUGAUGCGGGGGCUGAAGAGGUGAUCUUGCUCUAUGAUGCACGGAGUUUUGGAACGCAGAGCCUUUUCUCAGAGGGGCUGGCAAGCACCCAAGGCCCUGCACUUCUUGCCUACAACAACGGUCUAUUCUCUGAGGCUGACUGGGAAGGGAUCCAGAGUCCAGGCAUCAGUCACAAGGAGGAUGACCCUUCUACAGUUGGACGCUUUGGCUUGGGCUUCAAUUCAGUUUACCAUAUCACAGAUUUCCCAUCUAUACUUUCUGAUGAAUGUUUGGGGGUGCUGGACCCACAGCAGAUGGCAUUACAUGAUGGGGGUCAGCUCUGGGAGGUGAGUGAAUGGGAAGAGGCAUCCGACCAGUUCCAACCAUUCUGGGCAGCACUGAAGUCUCUUGGCCAGCCUUGCCCAACUGCGGAGGGCCGCUUUCCAGGCACCCUGUUUCGCUUCCCACUACGACAGAGUCCCUCGAAGAUCUCAGAAAAUCUCUACAGUCCAGAACGGGUGCAGAAACUGCUGCUCUCAUUCGUGAAUGAUGCCCCCAUUAGUUUGCUGUUCCUCAGGAACAUCAAGAAACUGACAUUGGGUCUUAUUGGGUCCGAUGGUGCCAUCCGUGAGCUGUUGAAGGCUGAGGCCACCACUCGCCCAUUUAAUGGGUUGGGCAUGAGCCAAGGUGUGCUGGAAGUUGCAGAAUGCAGUAGUGGAAAGGGAAACCUUGUUGAUGAUGCUAUGGGCACUAAACUGAACAUGGGCGUCCACAUCAAAACACUUGCCCUAUGUGGCACUGGGACUGGACAGGCCAGCAAGUGCAACUGGCUUGUGUUGUCUGCUGAAGCGAGAAAGGAUGCCUUCCCAGAACUCUGGGAUCUCACAGUGAAGGUCAGCUCUAAGCCUGUGUUGUCCCUGGCUUACUGUUUGCAAGACAAGUGCAUGGGACGCCUCAGCUGUGUCUUGCCGCUCCCGGCCACAGAGGAAAACACCACUGGAUUGCCACUGCACAUCAGUGCCCCUUUCCAGCUGACAGAUGACCGAAGACACGUGCAGUGGUCUGAAGAGGGGUCCCAGGCGAGGGGAGCUGACGGUCGUUGGAACCACUUGCUUAUGGAGGAGAUGCUGCCUGUUGCUUAUUGCCAAAUGGUACUGCUGGCAUCUACCUGUCCUGACAACCCAUACGGGGCGUGGCCAGACCCAGACCAAAGCCAACAACUCCGAUACAAGCCUUUAGUGGUUCAGAUAUGCCAGAUACUGAUGGACAUGAAACUCUUGGUACGAGUCGGGGAUGGGGAACCUCGUCUGCUCCAUCCCCGUGAAGCCGUGAUCUUGCCAGAGGUAGUGAGUGGUAAACCAGUAGGUCAGGCCCUGGAGAAGGCCCUCAUUUUGGCAGGAUCUCCACUUGCAGCUGCUCCUCCACAUGUGCGCCGAGCUUUGGUGUGGGGUGCCAAAGGCAGGGCAGCGGUGCAAGAGGCCACACCGAAGUUUGUCAGGGAGACCCUGCGAAGGACUACCAAUGUGUGGCAUGGGAUAUCCUUGACAGAGAAACAGUUGCUGUUGGAGUACUUGGUUGGAGAUGGGUGUUACCAGGAGCUGAAGAAUCUGCCGCUGCUGCCGACAGCCAAUGGAAACUUUACCUGCUUUGGAGAUUCUGGAGAGACGGUCUUUCUCGAGAACCACAACUUCCCCAGGAUCCUGUUGCCUGGCCUGGCUCACCAGUUCUUGCCCAAGGAUCUAAACCCUGAGCUGCUGAAGCAUCUGCAAACAAUUGCAGAAAAGGGGUUAUUCAGGAACUUUGUCUCCUUGGAUCAAAAUGUCAUUGCGCAGAACCUUCGUGGAUCUCUCCCUAAGGACUGGGUCAGCAGCAACUCUGUUCCUGUAUCUUGGUGCCCAAAGGAGUACCCAAAACAGCCCCCUCUUGAGUGGCUUGCUGCUUUCUGGAGUUUCCUGAGUCUGCAUGCUCCCUCCCUGGCACCCUUCAAGGGAUGCCCCCUGAUACCGCUGACUCCUCUACAGAACUCCCACAGUGGAAUCCAAUUGGCACGGCUGCUGCCUCAGCCUACACUGCUGUUCCAGAGCCACGAGGGGCAUUGUCUGCCAGGUGAAGUGGCUGGCAUUCUGGAGAGACUGGGAUGCACUGUGGUCCGGGGCUGGCAGCCAGAAUGGUGCCACCGCCAGCUGAGAGAGUACGUCCUAGAACCCACACCUGGUAGUGUCUUGCAGGUCUUUGCCCAUUUAGGGGUGGCAUCCGUGGCUGGCCAUGUUGCAUCUCUGCUCACCUGCCAGAUCAAGAGCCUGAGUGCUUUUUUCUCCACGGCUGCGUCGCUUUCCCCCAAAGAAACCAAAGUCCUAGCUGAGUUGCCGCUCUUCUUCAAGAUGCCCUCCCUCCUUCCACCCACCAGGUCUGGUUUGGUGCCAGCCCAGCACCACCUGGCUUUAGAGAAGAACCUGGUCCCACCAGUGCCCUCAGAUCUGCUUACUCCAGAGCCUGUGCUGUUGUGUCAUAAUGAAGCUGAACGCCACCUGCUCUUGCUAAUCGGGCAGAAGCUCCUGGGGACGCCUGAUCUGUGCCUGCUGUGCAUCAAGGCGAUGAAGAAGGGGGCAUAUGCCAGUUGGGCACAGGAAGCCAAGCGGCUCAUGCUGUGGGUGCUGCACAAUGGGGACUCCCUCUUCAGCCAGAGCCGAGAGCUGCAAACUUUGUGUCGUGAGCUGCCAUUCCUGGAUUGCGGAUCAGGAAGGUUGGGCAAGCCCAGUGACCUCUAUGAUCCAGAGAACCGCACUUUGCAGGACUUAUUAAGACCUUGCCACUUCCCCACAGGGCCCUUCCGGGAGCCAGCAGCAUUGCGAACCCUUCGUGUUCUGGGCCUGAAAUCUGAUCUCAGUGCUGUCUGUCCAGCAGAUGCAUUGAUGGCUGCGGAGGAAGUUGGUCAACUGCAAGAGGCUGCAGACGCCAGUGCCAAAUCACGGGCACUCAUCCGGGUCUGCAAUGAGACUCCUCUACUCUCACGCUUCUCCUCACAGGAGCUGAAGCGGCUGCGGUCCCUGCCUUGGGUGCCUGCCACCAACACUUCCACACUGGCGGCACCUGGGGAUUUCUUGGCACCUGAAUUGCUUUGCUCUGAGAGGUACGCUGCUCUUGUCGGGCUGGUCAUGGGACUGACUAAUGCUUUUCAGCCAGAAGCUGCAGAAAAACUGGGUCUGGAGAACUCUCCACCACCAGAGAAAGUGAUGGAGAAUCUAGCUGUCUUGGCACAGGGAUGUCACCCUGAGGAGACCUUUGUGUUAACUACAAAGCUGCACAGCAUCUAUCGGCACAUGCAACAGCACCUGAGGGACUUCCAGAAGCCACCUGUGGGACCUGUGGUGUGGAAUGGGACUGGCUUCUCAUUGGCUGCAGAUGUGGUGCUGGCCUACCCUGAUGGCUUAGACCUUACAGCCCUGAUGUCACGAGUGCCUCUGGACUUCCAAGGUUAUAGCCAGCUGUUUGCAGCAUGGGGAGUCCGUAAGUUACCAAAAGAGGAGGAAGUGUGCCAAGCAAUGCAGAAGUUGGCAGAUCAAAUCAAUGCCCGACCGCAAGGCGGCAUGCAUGCUGAACUGCUCCUCGUGAUAGCUGUCCUGGACUGGCUGUGCGCUCGUGGCUACCAUGGAGAAAGGGAAAUGCCAGUGCCUGUGCGGAUUCAAGGACUGUCCGGUUUUGUUCUACGCCCUGCCAGUUCAGUGCUGUACUGUGACAUGGAUCGGGCCCACCUUGCUGAGCUGGAUGGCGACCCACCUACUUUGGUGCAUGAAUCUGUUUCCUCUGCCACCGCUACCUUCCAUGGUGUGGAAAUGCUGAGCACACGGUUUUCAGGCUUGGAACUGUUGGAGGCUCAGGCGUGGGGUCCUUCGGAGCCAAUCACCCUCCGGAUCCGUAACAUCCUUCGUGAAUACAGCCAGGAUGCAGAUGUGUUCCUGGAACUGCUGCAGAAUGCUGAGGAUGCUGGCGCCCAAACUUGCCACUUCCUAAUCGAUCUCCGUGACCAUAAUGGUACCACUGAAGGACUAUUGGACCCCGGCAUGGCUGCCUGCCAGGGCCCCGCGCUUUGGGCCCAGAACGAUGCGUUCUUCACCGAGACAGAUUUCUCCAACAUCAUCCGUCUAGGUGCAGCUACCAAGGAACGGCAGGAUGACAAGAUUGGUCGCUUUGGGCUAGGCUUCUGCACUGUCUACCACAUCACUGAUGUGCCCUCUCUUCUCAGUGGUCACACCAUGCUCAUCUUUGACCCAAACAUCACCCACCUUCGGAAGCAUAUCCGUAACUCAGGCCAACCAGGCAUGCGUCUCAGUUUGAACCGAAAAGUCGCCGCUGGAUUUCCUGAACAAUUUCGAUCUUUCAGAGGAAUCUUUGGCUGUCAACCUGGAGAUGAUUACCAAGGCACGCUCCUCCGCCUGCCCUUCCGCACUGAGGAGGAGGCAGAGGACUCUCAGAUCUGCUCUGAUCCGUUUGGACCCAGUCGAAUCAAAUCCUUGCAAACUGGUUUCCGAGAGAUGUACAAGUACCUGCUGAUCUUCCUGGGAAAAGUGCAGGAGGUGUCACUGACCCACCUUCCUCAUGGUUCCAGUUCCCCAGAAGCCACCCAGCCAUUAGCCACAGUGAGCAGGAAAGCACUUGUCAAGAUGGGUACGUCCACUAUCGUGCAGUUGACAGCAACAUGGAAGUCUAGUGUAGUCACCAGCCAUUAUCUGCUUCACUCAUGCUCCGCUCAAGGAGAAGCCCUGCAGGUCUUCAAACAGGGAAAAGAAAAGGAUAUCCAUUUCUCGCCUCCUGUUGCUAGUGUUGCUUUGCCCAUCCGUCCCGCCACUGCUGCUGGAAAAUGGGUUCCAGAUGUAGAUGAUUUUAAGGGCCGUGCCUUCUGCUUUCUACCUCUUCCUAUUGAAACUGGACUCCCAUUGCAUCUCACAGCAGUCUUUGCUGUGCAGAGUAAUCGCAAAGGACUCUGGGAAGCUACUGAGAAGGGGAAAUGGAACAAGGCGCUCUUACGGGAUUCCGUGCUGGGUGCCUGGCUUGGAGCACUGUCCCUGCUCCGGGACAUGUACAAGGAAGGAUUGCUGGAGGACUAUGAGUACCAUGCUUUCUGGCCUGACGUGCGCAGUGCCAAGCACCCAUUCAGUGAAACAGUCAAGGCCUUCUACCAAGCCUUAGUCAAUGGUGUUGAUGGGGAACAGCCAGUUCUCUUUUCUGAUGGACAGCGAUGGUGCCCAGCCCGGGAUGCCUGCAUCCUCAAUUCUGACAUUACCUGUCAGGAUCACCUGGAACCUAUAGCUUUCAGGGUCUUCUCAUUACUUUUGCCAGAGCCAAAGAUGGCAGUGUCAAUUCCAGAUUGGGUGAAGAUGAACUUCAGAGAUUCCAUCCGGGGGGAUGUCCUGUUGCCAAACACCUACAAUUGGGCACGAUUCCUCUGUGAGCUUGUUUUGCCCAAUCUUGCUCAGCUGGCAGUGCCUGAUCGCGAUGUCCUCAUUCUUCGUGCUCUGGAUAUGAAUGAUGCUGGGGUGAAUAAGAUCCUGACAUCCCGGCCUUGCAUUCCGACUGUCCCCAAUAAUCUGCUGAGAAACAUUAAAGAACUUGUACACCCAAGGGGCUGCGCUGCACCUCUCUACGCUCCUGAAGAUGGCCGUUUCCCCACAGGCACAGGGUUUCUGGAACCAGAGAGGCUGUUGCACUUGGAGCAUCUUGGCAUGGCCAAAGAUUGUGUGGAAAUGGAGGAACUGAUAGCCCGAGCCAGAACUGUGGCAGCCUUGUGGUGUCAUGACCCAGUCAAGGCCUGCCAGCGUGCCCGCUGCAUCCUAGAGCUCCUUGAGGACCACCUCCAGGAAAGCUACAGCAACACUACCCAGGUUACUUUCAGAGAUAUUCCUUUCUUGCCGGCGGUACUACCUGCUAACCAACGCAAACUCUGCUGCCCCAAAGAGGUUUACUACCAUAAGCUGCACCCCCUGGUAGGCUUGACUGAGCCUGUCCUGGACAAGACAGCCCUUGGUAAAGGCUUGAAACUCUCCAUGGAGCUAAAGGAAUUCCUAGGACUGAAUCGCCAGCCACCAGUUUCUACGGUGCUGACGCAACUGGAGGAAGCAUCACGUGGUUCCAACGCCCUGUCCAGAACGGAGCUGGGAAACAUGGCACAAAUCUGCUAUGCCUUCCUGAAUGAAACAGUGCAGAAGAAUCCUCUGUCCAAGGUGGAGUUGUCCCAAAGGGCAAGUACAUUCCCCUUUGUUUUUAUGGGCACUGGCUUUGUGUCAGUGUGCAGCGUUGCCCACUGGCUUUUCUUUGAUGCCGCUCCAUACCUCUUCCAGCUGCCUCAGGAGUACCAGAAGCAAAAGAUGCUGUGGGAGUGUGUUGGGUUGCCUGAGACUUUCAAAGUGAAGCACUAUGCCACUGUGUUGCAGACUUUGGCCAAGGAGGGAGCUGGACAGCCUCUUUCGAAAGAGCACCUGGCCCUAGUUGUCAGGUUGAUCACUGUAGGGCUGGCCGAAGCCCUGCCAGAGGGUCAACAGUUGGCUCCUUAUGAAGCCCAGAGUGUAUUUUUCCCAGACAAACACAAAGUUCUUCGUCCAUUGCCCAAGCUCCUCUUUGAUGACACGCCAUGGCUUCCGCAUGAGAAAGGGACCCUGCUCUGCCAUGCCAUGAUCCCGCGGGAAAUUGCCAUGCGCUGUGGCAUUCAGACCACAAAAGGUCGUGUCUUGUCACGCCAGCGGAUUCAGGGUCUCUCUUCCUGGGCCACAGAUUUUGGAGCCAAGGAAGAAAUCUGCACCCGGCUGGCCAACAUCCUCCGUGAGUACUCCUCUUCACAGGAUGUGCUAAAGGAGCUGCUGCAGAAUGCAGACGAUGCUGGUGCAACUCUUGUCCACUUUGUCUGGGAUCAGCGACAGCACCCGACUGAUCGCGUCUUCAGCAAGGAGUGGAAUGAACUUCAAGGCCCGGCGCUUUGCAUCUACAAUGACCGGACCUUCCAGAUGUGUGACAUAGAAGGGAUCCAGCGCUUGGGCUCUGGUGGCAAAGGUGGGAGGAGAGAUGCUACCGGCAAAUAUGGACUAGGUUUCAAUACAGUUUAUCACUUGACUGACUGCCCUGCCUUUGUGACAGGGGACAGUGCUCUGUGUGUCUUUGAUCCCAUGUUGCACUACCUCCCUGAUUCUGAUGAGAUCUCACCAGGUGGAAAGUACAACCUUGCUAAAGAAGUCAAAGACACCAUCCGUGAUGUUUAUAAUGCCUUUUUACCUGAUGUGUUUAACUUGGAACAAGGCACAGUUUUCCGGUUACCCUUACGUACUCCUGGUGGUGCGGCCUCAUCCCGUAUCUGCCAGAGCUCUGUGUCCGAAGAAGACAUGAGGAAAAUUGUGGCGGCUCUCAUUAAAGAAGCCGACAGCCUUGUGAUGUUCCUCAAUCACGUUCGCUGUGUGGUCUUCUCCAUAAUAAGUGAGAGGGGAGGGACACCGAAGGAGGUGCUGCGGGUAGAGGCUGAAGGUGGUGAGCCUGAACGACUGGAAUACCAGAAGUGUCUCCAACAGGCUGCUGCAGCAGGUGGAAUGGAUGAUGGUGAGCCAAUGAAAGUCUUCUACAGAAUGAAGGUGAAGAGUAGUAUCUCCAAAGCUCCCAGCAACUGGCUGGUAGGUAGGCAGAUUGGGCUUGAGAGCAACAGUACCGCUGAAGGCAUGGACUUGGCGUGUGGGGGUGUGGCAGCUUGUUUGGGCGGACAGCCAUCUGGUAGGGCCUUCUGCACACUGCCGCUUCUGGAAGAAACUGGCCUUCCCAUCCACAUCAAUGGGAACUUUGAUGUGGACUCAGCUCGGCGUGGCUUGCGAAAGAAUGAUGGUGAAGGUGGUGCCAACAUGUCCUGGAAUAACUUGCUGCUGCAGUGUCUCAUAGCCCCAUUAUACUGUCACUUGCUUUAUGAGCUGCGCCGGAAGCUGAGUGAUACACCACUGCAGUUCCACUCCCUGACUGCAUGCCAGAGGUGGCUGGAAUCAAACUAUUUGCGGUAUUUCCCAUUUGUGACAAGGGAUGUACCCCCAGCAUGGCAACAGCUGGUUACCCGUGUGUAUGAACUGGCAUACACGGAGCAGCUUCCUUUGGUCCCUGUGUACCAGAAGAAGAUUUAUUUCAAGGAUGGAUUUAAGAGGGAAGAAGUGAGUGUGCACUGGAGUGCACCUAGACUGGGCCACCCAACCAGAGAUCCCUAUUUCCUGCAGUCUGAGAUAAGUGAGGUUCUUGAGCUUACUCUCCAGAGUCUGGGCAUGAACUUUGUCCCUGCCUUCAAGCGUCUGCAGUGGGUACGUGACCAUUUUACCAAGGCAGGAGUUGAUAUCCUAACCCUCGAUUCUCCUUCCCUCUGCUGCUUCCUCAAGAACCUGCCCGACUUUCUCCUGCCCUGCCCACUUCAUCUGACACCUGUGAAGAAUAGCUGUUACUGUUUUGCUCUCCUUGAGUUCUGCCUCAGUGAGCUUCUUCCUGAUGACAAAAGCUGCCUGGAAGGUCUCCCUUUACUGGUGACCCAGGAUAACAUACUGAGGUGCUUCACUCAGCAGUGUCCUCCAUACCAUAGCAGUGUGCAUGAUCUUUUCCCACACCAUCAGGACUGUUUCUUUGCCUGCCGAAUUGAUGGAAAGGCCAGGCAGCUGUUAGUAAAGAUGGGGUUCCUAAAGGAUUUUACACUCUCUGAUUCUGUGGCCUUCAUCAAGGAGAUGCUGUCUUUGGACAACAGGGUCAGUACUGAUGAAGGCCAGAAAUGGCUCAGUAAAUUGUGGGCUUUCUUUGAGAAGCAGAUCUGCAUAACUGAGAAUUCAGACACAAUGAAAAACAUGUUUGCAAAGCUAGUUUCCCUCUUCAAAGGUUGUGCCAUGCUCCCUGUGUGUCGUGGCUGCACAAAGUUCUUGGUUCCCCUUGAGUCCCUCAACACAAUUAUGCCUGGUCAAGCAGGCACUGUUUCUGAAAUUCUCCACAAACUGGGCUUUGCCAUGUUGGACUCCUCUCUUUUGCCUCCAAAGCUCACCGCACAUUGCAUUCUGCCACGUGUGCUGCAGAUCGAGACUCCUACAGUACUGCUGGAGCAACUGGCAGCUCAUCAUGACCUGUGUUGGGAUGAGCUCAAAGAGUGGGAGUUUGAAGCGCUGUUGCGGUUCCUAAGCCGCCAACUGGAGACGCUGACGAAUGACCAUGGAUUGCUAAGCAAGUUGAAAUCCUUGCCCGUGUUUAAAACACACCAAGGGAAGCACGUUUCAUUGACUUCAUACAGGAAUAUCUACCUCUUGGAGUCCAAGAUUCCAAAGGAGACUAAGAACUUCCAGGAGCUUUACGGGGUAGAUGAGAAGACUGUCCUGCUGAGCGAUAACUCGCUGAACCGACAUCUCAGUAAGAGCUUGAGUAUUGAUGUAAUGAACGAUUUGCAGCAGUUUGUACAGCAGCUUUUGCCUCGGCUGUCCCAUCUCCCCGAAGAGAGUGUACUGGAGGCUGUGAGGUUACUACUCCUCAUCAAGAGGCAUUAUCUUACGGAAUAUCAGGCUGUGAAAAAGACAGUGGUGACAACAUUCCAGUCUUUCGCCUUCAUCCGGGACAAGCAAGGUGUGAUGCGUCAUGUGUCCUACUUUUAUGAGGAGCAAACGUGUUUCAAGGAGUUGAGAAUGGAUUCUCUGUUUGUGCCACGCAAAUUCUAUGACUCAGUGCGGCCAGAGAAUAUAUGGGAGUUGAAAGAGUUCUUACUUGAUGUGGGCUUGCGGCAAGAGAUCUCUGAGGAAUAUUUUCUAGUGUUGGCUACCCAAAUUGCAAAAGAAGCAUUGAGGGCCGGAGAACUGAAGGAUGGUGCCCGUGAUCUUGAUAAAAGGAGGAGAGCACUCUGGAGCUACUUGCUUUCCAGUGAAACCUUCUCAGAGGCCUUCCUGAAAAAAGUGUCCAAGAUCCGUUUCCUAUUGCCAGAGAAGAUGUCUGAAGAUCUGUGUUGCCUUCACUCGCCAUAUGUGCCGUGUAAUACUCCUGUGGCACCCCAAGGUUCCUUGUUAACUAAGAAAGCAGAUCUGGUGUGGACUUCAGCAGUCAUUCUGCCUUAUGAUACGAUAAUACAAUACAAUGUUAUAUAUAAUGGGGAAAACAAAGAAACCAUCCUAAAACAACUGGGAGUGCUGUGCACCUUGCCAGCCCAUUUAGUCUUUGAGAAUCUAAGAAACAUAUGCCAGGCACCAUGUGACACUCGGAAAGCUAGGAAAACUCGAGAGGAUGUCCUAAAGUCAGCUUAUGGCUAUUUGUCGCAACAGCAAAAGUUAGAGACUGGCUGCUUAAAGGGAUUCCCUGUCGUACUAGUGGAUGACGGUGAGGUAGCAGAGGCCGAAAAUGUGGUGGUCUCGUUAAAAUGCCCAAAGGACUUCCGGCCAUAUCUUUACAAGCUGCCACCAAAGCUAGCUGUCUAUAUGGAUGUCCUGGAGAAAUUGGGAGUGGAAGAUGAGGCAAGCAUCCAUCACUAUGCCAGUGUUCUGGCCAGAAUUCAUGCAGAGACUGCAAGGCAGGGUAAACUGCAUCCCAACCUCACCAAAACAGUGCUCAGGGCCACUCAGUUCUUCUUCCAGCUCUUAGACGAAGCAAAGGAUCAAAUGGAUUUAUCAGAGCUGAAAGAACUGCACCUGCCUUGUGCUGAUGGGAAGCUAUAUCCAUCAAACAGCCUAAUCUUUAGUUUUUACAUGUCUGGCCAGGAACCCCAGGGCUUGCAGUGCAAAUUUCGCUUUCUGAUAGAUCUCUCAAUAUGUGAGCUACCUUAUGACAAGUAUAAGCAGCAGAGGCUUCUGCAUCGGCUGCCUGAAGCCUUGCGCCCCAAGAACUUGUUAGAUAUCACUGAAGAGCAGCUGGAAGAGUCCUCUCUGAAACUCUGUACCUAUGGGGAACACUGUGAGUUCCAAAACUGGCUACAAGAACUACUCAUGUCUUGCGAGUUCCAGCAUGCUCUGGUUGCACUGUUUAAAUGGCAGGAUGGGACAAAAGUAGAGGAAGUGGAAUGCAUGUUUGAAGAACGCUUCUCACCACAGCAGCUAGAAGUGGUUUGUUGUGAAAAAGUGUGCACAACCAUGGUGCACAAUUCAGAGAGUGUGGAAGGAACCCAGCGUGCCAGGACAGUGUAUGUUGCAACAAUGCCAGAUGGUAAACUGCAGAUUUACCUUGCACACAAGGAGAGCAAAGGUGCCCAGUGGGCUGUGGAGUUUUCUGGCAAUUUAGCCACAGAACUGAAUAGGCUUUUAGGACAAAGAUUUAGCCAGCUUGCCCUGAUGGUCCUUGAGCAGAUUUUGGUUUGCCAAAGGCCUAAGGAAAUUGCUGAGGUGCUAGAGAAAAACAAAGUGCCCUUGCAGCUGCCAGCAAACCUAAAUGCCUAUAUCCUGCCUCCUCCUGGAGAGGACAUCCCUGAGGAAUGGUAUGACAGCCUGGACAUGAGCAUCCUCCACACCUUUCUGCCAGAAGAUUACGUGGGUUACCUGGAUUCUUCCAAGCCCAAAGAGCAUUACCUCUAUGCUGUGGUCCUUGAAGCCCUUGGGCCACGGCAGAGCGGUACUGGCCAAGUACACACAUACCUUGUUGACCUGGGAGGAGGGCAGCAUGCAGAAGUCAGUGCCUAUGACCUUUACCAUUUCCGGAGGAAUAACUCUGCAUCUGAUCUGAGUAAAGCUGUGGUCUUGGUAGAAGGCUCCCCUGGUGCUAGCAGUACUGCAAGACCACUUACAAGUGGCAAUUGGUACGAGAGGCCACUGAGGGAGAUAAAGAAAGAAGUGGAUGCUUGCUUGGCUGAAAUUUGGAGCUUGUCAGAGGAUGAGAGGAGGAAGGCUUUAAGAAGACUCUAUCUGUGCUACCACCCAGAUAAAAAUAUGGGUCAAGAGGAUUCUGCCAAUGAAAUUUUCAAAUACCUUAAAGACAAGAUCAAUGAGAUGGAGAACAAUAGAACGCCCAGUGGCUCCAGAGGGGGACCCCAAAGUAGAGGUUCCUACAAGAAAAACUCUGAAUUUUGGGGUGAAUGGGACCAGCAAGCUCAUCAGCAUCAAGAGAGGCGUACAGAAUUCACCAAGCAAAGAUGGGGUGGUGGUGGAGGAGGAUGGGGUGGUGGUGGUGGUGGUGGAGGAGGAGGCGGCCACUGCAACUACAACUUCUGGUCCUUCCAUCAGAGAGGGCCAAAGUAUUCAAAGGAUCAAUCAAAACUUCACUGCUUAGAGGAGGCCAGGCGCUGGCUAAGGCAAGCCAAGUGUGAUCUGAAGGCGGCAGCCAGUAAUGCUGGUCAGGGUAGCACUGAAUGGCUGCUUUACAAGACUUACCGGGCAGUGGAGAAAGCCCUGACAGCAGUUGAAUACCACCAGGGAGGUUGCUUUGACAGGAAUCUGACUCUUCCAAUGCUGGCUGGUAAGGUAGCUUCUUAUGGACGGGAGUUGGAAAAGCUGCCUGAUCAGAUUGAGGAACUCCGGCAGCAUGGCGUGGAUGACAAGAGAACGCAGUAUCCCAGCUACCACAAUUCACCCACCAUUCCCAAUGAGGCUUUCCUUAAAUGCAAGGAGAAGGAGGUGCUGCUUUUAGCGGGUGAUAUCCUAAGCACAGUGAAGAAGUGGAUUGGCCUAGAAUGAGAGUUGUGAGGAUUUUUUUUUGUUUAAAGUCUUGACUGACAAUAUAUAAACAUGGGCAUUCUUGUAGCUGAAACAUUUGGGAUCAAAUAUUAUAAAAUGGGAGCGGGACCUGUUUAGAAAAUUGAUGUCUCUUCAAACAAUUCCUAACUCACUAACAAUGUAUCGUGAGAAAACAGGACUAGAUAACCAUUCUUGAACAGUGAUAUUUUGUUACCUGUCUUUUGAUGU